AUGGCGGGAACUGUCAACUGGGGUACAGCAACAGUGAUUGGAAUGUUUGCUGGCAUGUUAUACGGGGGGAGCAAAGAGGCAUCUGCUUCUGUUGUAAGGAUUAUUGAUGGGCUCGAUGAUGAUCAUGAGAACUUUGUCAUGUAUUGCCAGAGUAAGGAUGCAGAAGUAAUGUUGAAGCUUGGCAGCACACAGGACAAACGUGAGCAGCAUCGACUAAUGAGAGAUGCAAUGGAAAAAAGAUUUAUCCGAGUCACUCGGGGCUCAAUAGUUGGUGGAGUGCGCCUUGGAAUGUUUACUGCUGCAUUUUGCUGUUUGCAGAAUCUGCUUGCUGAAACACGAGGGGUGCAUGAUGUUUAUAAUGUGGUUGGAGCUGGUUCUGCUACUGCUGCAACAUUUGGUCUAAUUUUGCCAGGGUCAUUCCGUUGGCGUGCAAGGAAUGUGUUAUUGGGCUCGGUUUUGGGUGCAGCAUUUUGCUUCCCUCUUGGUAAUAGAUUCGCACCUAGAGCUCUCUUUGCUUCUCAUAAUUUACGCAAGCAAUUUUUAACAGGUUGGCUUCAGUUGAAGCUUGUAGAGAAAGCAAAUGAAGGGAGGUUGGCUGCUGCUUCCGACACAAACGGAAGUAAAGAAGCAGAGAGUGGGGUUGGUUGGCUUCAGUUGAAGCUUGUAGAGAAAGCAAAUGAAGGGAGGUUGGCUGCUGCUUCCGACACAAACGGAAGUAAAGAAGCAGAGAGUGGGGUUGGUGCUGCAAUUGAGAGGCUAGAAGGGCACUUGAACAAAUAG